ACUACAAUCAAAAUGCCAAAACUAUUUAAAGAAAAGAAAUUAUCAGGAGCGGGCUUCAGAAGGAGACGAGCUGAUAAAGAAAAGGCUGGGAAGCAGAUGUCUGGAGAUUUAAUGAAGUUCUUGACCUCUCACAAACCCAGAGAGGAAGAUGCUCCUGCAUCAGAAACAGUUUCCAGUGUGGAAGAUGAUCAAGUUCACGUAGCUAUGGAUGAACAAUCUUUCACAUCAGUUGUAUCAGACCAACAGCCUGUCACACCUGCUAAUCUUCAUGAUGCAAGUGCUGAGAAAAGACAAGAAGUAGGUGACGAGCAACCGGCUUCUACAUCAUCAUACGUACCAUCUCCUCGCCUUGAAAAGACUGUUGAUACAGAAGGAUCAAGUGAAGCAGAAAUGGAGCAAGAGGAACAAUGUUCUACUUUGGAGACUCUUGAUUUGUCUGAUCCUGCUAAUUGGCCGACUGUUCUCACCCCCUCACUAAGGGAUGCUAUUGUCAGGAAAGGUCCUACAAAGCAAAAAGCUAAUUUUUAUUUUCCCAAAGAUGCGUCUAAUAGACGCUUUACUAAAGCAAAUUAUAAGAGACAACUGCCAAACGGAGAAGAAACCUAUAGAAACUGGCUUGUUUAUUCUGUUAAGCUGGAUAAAGUUUUUUGUUUUUGUUGUAAGCUUUUUGCAACUAAAAUAACAACAAGUUUGACAAGCGGAGGCUACGAUGAUUGGAGGAAUUUGUCUCAAACCCUUCACAGUCAUGAAAUGUCACAUUCUCAUCUUGUUGCUGUAAGAGACUGGAAUGAACUCUCUAGAAGAUUUGGAUCAGGAAAAACAAUAGAUGCUGCAUACCAGAGAUUUUUGACAGCAGAAACACAACAUUGGCAAAAUGUUGUAAAGAGGCUUGUAGCCAUUGUAACAUACCUUGGUCGCCAGUGCUUGGCUUUUAGAGGUAGCAAUGACACAUUACAUAGUGAAAAUAAUGGAAAUUUUCUUCAACUGGUAGAAAUGCUUGCCACAUUUGAUACGGUUAUGCAGGAACAUCUGAAGCGUAUCAAAAAUAAGGAAAUUGUACAUCAUUAUUUGGGGAAGGACAUUCAAAAUGAACUAAUCGGCCUUAUAGCCAAAGAAAUAACUAAACAAAUACAGCACUCACUGAAAGCUGCAAAGUAUUAUUCUAUAAUACUUGAUUGCACCCCAGACAUUUCACAUAUUGAACAAAUGACUAUAAUUGUUUGA